AUGUCAAUUCGACCCGAUAUACAUUCCCAAACGAAAAAAACAAUAUACAACGUAUAUACAUUUUUUAAAACCUUAGCCAACUGCAAAGAUAAGCCGGAAUUGGCAGAUUAUUUUCGACAAUCACAGGAGAGGACGGCCGAAGCUUGUGUGGUGAGUCUGAGAACUGUACAACGGAUAUGUCAUGAAAGUAAAGUAACUGGAAAUCGAGAAGAACCAUUAUGUGUCGGAAGUUCUAAUGACCUUAAAUUUCAAUCGCCACGAAAAAAAUACAGUCGCGAGAAAUCUGUCACCGAACUUGAUGAUUUUGACAAUGAAGUGGUCAGAAGAGUUGUCCAUAGCUUUUACGACAAAGAUGAAACCUGGGUAAAUCAAAAUCAUACACGUGGACGUAUUUGGCAAAAUGAAGAAAAUACGGAAGGCUUAAAAGUACCUACAGGCAAAGGCAGCCGCCUCAUAGUAUGCCACGCCGGAUCUCCUUCCUUCGGAUUCAUUAAAGAAUCAAAACUUAUUUUUCGAUGUAAUUCUGGUGACAAGGAUUAUCAUUCACAAAUGAACGCCACAAUUUUUGAAAGUUGGUUUUCACAAAUGUUACUUAACUUAGAAGAGCCGAGUAUUAUUGUCAUGGAUAACGCGUCAUAUCACUCUUCGUUGGCCGAGAACUAUCCGAAGUCCAACAGUAGAAAGGCAGACGUUCAACAGUGGUUACGGGAUAAAAAUAUAGAUUUUUCUCCCGUAGAAACACUUGACGAGUUACGGGAAAAGGUGAAACUUUCGAUUCCACGCGGAAAAAAAUAUAAACUGGAUGAACUAACUUUUGAAAUGGGUCAUGAAGUGGUAAGGCUUCCCCCUUACCACUGUCAGUAUAACCCAAUAGAACUUAUUUGGGCGCAAAUUAAAGGCAGAGUGGCUGAAAAAAAUUCAACAUUCAAAAUUGCAGAUGUCGAGAAACUUGUGCAUAAAGAGAUCGAUGCAGUUACUUCGAACGAUUGGGCCAAAUGUGGUGAGCAUUGCGUCAAGAUUCAGGAGGAGGACUACGUCAAGGCGGGACUAAGGGAUGAGAUAUUAGAACCAAUAAUAUUGACCAUUAAUCCUGACGAAAGCAGCUCAAGUGAAGAUGAAGACGACAGUGAGGACUAG